GCGGCUGUGGUCAGAAGCCCCCGGGAAGAAAGCUGGUCCUCUUGUAAUUCGGCCCGGUCCGUUCCUCGGCGGUCAUUUGCAAGUUGUCACAAAUAAUUUACUGCAUUUGCGCUAUUAAAACGUGUUGGCAUUGCAGCAGCAUAAUUUACGAGAGUAUACGCUUGAAACGAUUCGUUCCUUGCUCGCUGCCUGUCCGGGAACACCCUAGGCCUACGCCGUUAGCUGCCUUUCGUUUCACACAAUGCCUGCCGUGUCCAGCGCGGCAGGGCUCCUGUCCUUGCUGGCGGAGGAGAACGACGAUCUCAAGCAGCAUGCCCUCACGCACCUGAACAAGGUUGUCCAUGACUACUGGUUCCAAAUUUCGGGGUCUAUCGGGAGCGUGGAGGCCCUGUACGAGGAUGACGACUUCGCACACCGGGAGCUCGCGGCCCUGGUUGCCUCCAAGGUAUUUUACCACCUGGGCGAGCUGGAUGACGCGCUUAACUACGCGCUGGGGGCGGGCAGCCUGUUCGACGUGGAGGAGCAGUCCGAGUACGUCACCACGCUAGUUGCCCGCUGCCUGGACCAGUACUUUGAGAAGCGCGUGAAGGCGGCUGAGGCGCGCGGCGAGGAGGCGGAGGCGGCGGUGGACCCGCGCCUGACAGCCAUUGUGGAGCGCAUGCUGGACAAGUGCCUGGCUGCGGGGCAGUACGAGCAGGCCAUUGGCGUGUGUCUGGAGGGCCGGCGCCUGGACCGGCUGGAGGGAGCCAUCCUGCGCGCCCCCGCCGGCGAGGCCCGCACGCGCGUGCUCAAGUACGCGCUGCGUGUGUGCCAGCAGCUCAUCAUCAGCCGCGAGUUCAGGCAGCAGGUGCUGCGCCUGGUGAUCCGGCUGUACGAGACGGUGGAGAGCCCGGACUGGGUGGACAUCUGCCAGUGCCUCAUGUUCCUGGAUGACGCGCCCGAGGUGGCCAAGAUCCUCAGCAGGCUCAUCACCGGCAGCGAGGACGAAGAGCUGCUGGCCUACCAGGUGGGCUUUGACCUGGUGGAGAACGAGCUGCAGUCCUUCCUGGCGGACGUCAGCAGCAGGCUGGAGGUGCCGGGAGCCGCAGCGCCGCCGGCCGCGGCCGUGGCUGCGCCGGCUGCGGAGGGCGCCGCGGCGCCUGCAGAGGGCGCUGCCGCGAUGGACACGGACGCCGCCGCCGCGCCCGCCGCGGAGCCCGCCGCGCCCGCCGGCCCGCACGCCGGGCGUCUGGCCCGCCUGCGCGACAUCCUGUCCGGCAAGACGCCCAUCGCCCUGUACCUGGACUUCCUGUACAGGCACAACAAGGCCGACCUACAGGUGCUGAAGAACAUCAAGGGCAGCGUGGACGCGCGCGUGAGCGUGACGCACUCGGCCACCAUCGCCGCCAACGCGCUGAUGCACGCCGGCACCACGGUGGACACCUUCCUGCGCUCCAACCUGGACUGGCUGGCCAAGGCCACCAACUGGGCCAAGUUCAGCGCCACGGCCUCGCUGGGAGUCAUCCACAGGGGCCACCUGGCUCAGGGCCGCGCGCUCAUGGCGCCCUACCUGCCGCGGGCCGGCGCUGCUGCCGGCGGCGGCGCCGGCGGCAGCGCGUACAGCGAGGGCGGCGCGCUGUACGCGCUGGGCCUGAUCUACGCCAACCACGGCGGCGACAUCCGGCCCUUCCUGCUGGAGAGCCUGCGCGGCACCAGCAACGAGACCACGCAGCACGGCGCAUGCCUGGGCCUGGGCCUGGCGGCUCUGGGCACGGACGACGAGGAGGCGCUGGAGGACGUGAAGAACGUGCUGUACAGCGACAGCGCUGUGGCCGGCGAGGCGGCGGGCAUUGCGCUGGGCCUGCUGUGCUGCGGCAGCGGCGGCGAGCGGGUGGCGGGCGAGGCGCUGGCGUACGCGCACGACACCCAGCACGAGAAGAUCAUCCGCGGCGUGGCGCUGGGCCUGGCGCUGAUGCAGUACGGCCGCGAGGAGGCGGCGGAGGCGCUGAUUGAGCAGAUGACGCGGGACGCCGACCCCAUCAUCCGGUACGGCGGCAUGUACGCCAUCGGCAUGGCCUACAGGGGCACCGACAACAACGGCGCGGUGCAGAAGCUGCUGUCCUUCGCCGUGUCGGACGUGGCGGACGACGUGCGCCGCGCCGCCGUGCUGUGCCUGGGCUUUGUGCUCAUGAACGUGCCGCAGCAGUGCCCGCGCAUCGUGGCACUGCUGGCAGAGUCGUUCAACCCGCACGUGCGCUACGGCGCCGCCAUGGCUGUGGGCCUGGCCUGCGCGGGCACGGGCCUCAAGGAGGCGCUGAACCUGCUGGAGCCCAUGCUGACAGACCCCGUGGACUACGUGCGGCAGGGGGCCCUCAUCGCCAUGGCUCUGGUGCUGAUCGCGCAGCCGGAGAGCCGUGUGGCGCCCUUCCGCAAGCGCCUGGACAAGUUCAUCACCGAGAAGCACGAGGAGGUCAUGUGCAAGAUGGGCGCCAUCAUCGCGGCCGGCAUCCUGGACGGGGGCGGCCGCAAUGCGACCGUGGGCCUGCGCUCGCGCUCCGGCUACUUCCGCCGCACCUCCCUGGUGGGCCUGGCCGUGUUCACGCAGUACUGGUACUGGUACCCGCUGCUGUACUUCGUGAGCCUGGCCUUCGCGCCCAGCGCCCUCAUCGAGCUCAACGCCGACCUCAAGAUGCCCAAGACCUCGUUCUCGUGCAACUGCAAGCCGUCCAUCUUCGCCUACCCGCCGCCGCUCACCACGGAGGUCAAGGAGGCGAAGGCCAAGGUUCCCACCGCCAUUCUCUCCACCACCGCCAAGGCGGCAGAGCGGCAGCGCAAGAAGGCGGCGGAGAAGGAGAAGGCGACCGGCGGCGCCGGCACCUCCACCUCCGGGGCCGCCGCUGCCGGCGACGCCAAGGCGGCGGACGCCAAGCCCGCGGCGGAGGGCGGCGACAAGAUGGAGACGGACGAGGCGGCGGCUGGCGGCGACAAGGACAAGGCGGCGGCGGGCAAGGACAAGAAGGAGCCCGAGCCCAGCAGCUACACGCUGGAGAACCCCGCAAGAGUCACACCCGCACAGGCGCGCUUUGUGGCGCUGCCCGCCACCGGCCGCUGGCAGCCGGUGCGCGCCGGCGGCCCCGCCACCGGCAUCAUGGUGAUGCGGGACACACAGCCCGGAGAGCCGGUGGAGCUGGUGGUCACGCAGGGCGACGCGGCGGCGGCAGCGGCAGCGCCCGCCGCCGCUGCCGCGGCGGCGCCGGCGGCAGCUGCCGCUGCCCCCGCGGCGGCGCAGCCGGCGGCUGCAGCGCCCGCCUCCGGCGGCGACGGCGACGAGCCGCCGCCGCCCGCGCCGUUCACGUACGACGGCUGAGGCCGCGGCGUGGCGUGGUGGGAGCGGCGGGGUUGGCGAGCGCGGUGAGAGGCGGGGAGUGCGGGCGGGGUGCUUGGGUGUUCGGUGUAGCGAUAGAGACCACGUACGGCGCUGCAGGGCUUCAGGACAGCAGGGCAGCAGCUGCAAGGGCAGGUUAGGUGCGGCAGCUCACAAACAAGGCGGGGAAGCGGGCGCGUAGGCGUCCGAGCAAUAGGCCAGGCUUGCGACGGGUAUGCCGUUCUGUGGGUUGUCUCAAGGCUCGGGUAUACGGUGUGUUGGUGUCUGCGUGCUGCUGUGGGCUCGGGCUGAUGCGGGCGGCUGUUGUGGAAUUGGUGUAGAUAGGAUUCGGGCGCCUGCUUGUGUCGCUCUUGUGGACUGUGGAGGUGUGUGAUGUGGAUGGUAUGCUUUGAGGACAGAUUUUGCGGGGACCACAUACUGUGUAACACACUAGCACACGAUGGGGAGUCCAGGGGCCGCCUCGAUGGCAGCGCAUGCGCAUUGGUCGUGAGCCCUAUUCCAGAUAAUAUACACGCAUUACUUUCAUACAAACCCCGCUGCUGUUAGCUUCCCACGUUGGCUUCCUCAGGAAGAACACAGGUUUUCACUCUGCUAGGGGGAUGGCUACCGAUGAUAUGGUGCCCGCAAUGCCUACUGUAAGCAACUUUGUCA